AACUCCGUCUCAGACCACUCACACCCCACUGAACAUCUUCUCCAUUCAGCGACCCUCGAAUCCCAUGCGUACCAUGACAUUAUAUCGCGCCAGCCGACCCACCCAGACGGGCCUACUCCAGGAUGGGACCUUGGUCUUAACCUCCUUGGGGAUCAGCCUACAGCAAUGGAACGUAAAACCGUGCGUGAUAGGACAAUCAGGCGGCGCAUUAGGAGGUUUAGAGCGGUGAGGAGCGUGCUGGAGGUUGUCAUUGGUAAGCACGUUCUCAC